AUCUGCAGAGGGGCUUAUGGGGGUGCCUUGUGCUUCAGGCCCCCCUGAGGAGAAGGCCAUCCCCCCUGCAGACACGGGCCAUGUUCACCUCCAGGGAGCUGCUGCUGGUGUGGUUCCUGGUGCUGGCAGUGGGUGGCACUGAGCACGUCUUCCGGCCUGGCCGCAGGGUGUGUGCUGUCGGGGCUCCCAGGGGCCCCGAGUCAGAGUCUUUCGUGCAGCGAGUGUACCAACCCUUCCUCACCACCUGUGACGGGCACCGAGCCUGCAGCACCUACCGGACCGUCUACAGGACUGCCUACCGCCGCAGCCCUGGGCCGGCCGCCCCCAGGCCUCGCUACGCCUGCUGCCCCGGCUGGAAGAGGACCAGCGGGCUCCCCAGGGCCUGUGGAGCAGCAAUAUGCCAGCCACCGUGCCAGAACGGAGGGAGCUGUGUCCAGCCAGGCCGCUGUCACUGCCCUGCAGGAUGGCAGGGUGACACCUGCCAGACAGACGUGGACGAGUGCAGGGCUGGAGGGGGCACCUGUCCCCAGCACUGCGUCAACACCGCGGGUAGUUACUGGUGCUGGUGUUGGGAAGGGCACAGCCCAUCUGCAGAUGGUGUGCUCUGUCUGCCCAAGACAGGGGCCCCCAGGGUAGCCCCGAACCCCACAACAGGCGUGGACAGCGCAGUCGAGGAGGAAGUGCAGAGACUUCGGUCAAGGGUGGACGUGCUGGAGCAGAAGCUGCAGCUGGUGCUGGCCCCGCUACAUAGCUUGGCCUCGAGGGCCCUGGAGCAUGGGCUCCCGGACCCCAGCAGCCUCCUGGCGCAUUCCCUGCAGCAGCUGGACCGCAUCGACUCUCUGAGCGAGCAGAUCUCCCUCCUGGAGGAGCAGCUGGGGUCCUGUUCCUGCGAGAAGGAGCUGUAACAGGCGGCCCGGGCCCCUGGCCCUGGCUAUUGGGAGCCUUGCCCACUGCGCUAGGUCGGGCCGGAGGGGGACUUCGCGCCAAGGCGGGGCAGGAGGAGGGGUCCCCCUGGGUGUGAUCCAGCCCCAGCCCGGCCAGCACCAGUGAGGGGGGCCGUGGCUCAGGGGAGGUACGAGGGUCUUGCUCGCCGGGCAGCAUGUUGGGGGCACCUCUGCUCCGUGUCAGAAUAAAAUGAAGGUUCAGGCGC